AUGUCCCUCCGUUCUGUGUUUUCAGUUUCGUCCAUUCGUAGAAUGUCGUCCAUCACCGCACGUGCAAUUGUGUACAACGCCCAUGGGGAACCAAAGGAUACUUUGAAGUGUCAUUCCUAUAAGAUUGACUUGCAAAACCUACAGCCUAAUGAGGUUGUGGUUCAAACUUUAGCUGCUCCAUUGAAUCCUUCGGACAUCAACCAAAUUCAAGGUGUGUACCCUUCGAAGCCGCCACUUUCAAUUGAUUCGUUGCCUGAGUUGAAGGAACCAGCUGCAGUCACAGGUAACGAGGGUGUCUUUAAAGUCAUUGCCAAAGGUUCCAAUGUUGGGGAGUUGGAGACCGGUGACUGGUGUAUUCCUUCUGGUGUUAAUUUUGGUACUUGGUGUACCCACAGAUUAACUACUGAUAAGAACCUCUUGAAAAUGCCAAAGACAAUUUCACUUAACCAAGCCGCAACUAUUGCUGUCAAUCCCUCAUCUGCAUAUCAAAUGCUGACACAUUUUGUCAAAUUACAGCCGGGCGACUGGUUUAUACAAAAUGGUGCAAAUUCUCAGGUUGGUAGAGCAGCAAUUCAGAUUGGCCAUAAAUUGGGUUAUAAAUCCUUGAAUAUUGUUAGAAACAGAGACAACUUGGACGAGUUGGUCAAAGAUUUAGAAUCCAUUGGUGCAACUAAAGUCAUCACUGAAGAUGAGAGUGCAUCAAAGGAGUUUGGAGCAACCGUUAAGGAAUGGUUAGAAGGUAAAGAAAUCAAGUUAGGUUUGAAUUGUAUUGGUGGUCCGUCUGCGUCUAAUUUGGCAAGGAAACUCGGACACGAUGCUACUAUUCUAACAUAUGGUGCAAUGUCUAAGAAGCCGCUUUCACUUCCUACUGGUAACUUCAUCUUCAAGAAUCUCACUGCUAAGGGUUUCUGGAUCACGGGUAAUAUCAAAAGACACCCUGAAUUGAGAAUAGAAACUAUCAAUGCCGUCCUCAAAUUCAUGGAGGACGGAACUUUGAAAGAACCAAAAGUCAAUGAACCAAAAGUCAAGCUCUCUACUACUACUAACGAAUCGUUCCUUGAGACAGUUCUUGCAGCAUUGGAAGACUCCCAAAAGGGUAAACAACUACUCAAGUUUGAGUAA